UAUAGAUGCGAGGGGACGUGCUCAUUGCGAAUCAAUUCCAGUCGAUGAAUCUUACAGGAGCGAAUGGUUCUGACUAUAUAAACGAUCUCUAUCGCGCAUAUCAAGAUGCAGAGAAUAUGUAUACCGAAACCCGUUCAUCGCGUAUUCGCGCCGCUAUGUUCCCCGAAAGUGAAGCUGGAACAUCCAGUGGCGUGUCUCAUCGCAGUACUAUCGUGGAACAGAUGUCUGUCCCUGCUCGGCUUCUCAAAACCGCGGUAUUGGAUCUGCUUUCGUUUGAAGGUACUUCGGAUAUUAGUGUCCUUCCCGUGCCAGAUCUCAUCGAUCUUAUGUCCGACCGUGAUGAGGCUGUCGUAGCACGAGCAGUUCAGCGCGUUUAUCUCCUUUCAAAGGAAGAUCGAAGCAUUGCUUCAUAUCCGGGUUUGAUCGAUGCGUUGAUCAAAGCCAGCAAGGGGGAUAACAUCAAUGUGAAACGAGAUGCAGUAGGUGCUUUGAGCCACAUCUCUGAACAUCCACAAGGAAGGAUGCAGAUCUUCCGAUCAGGAGGACUUGCUGAGCUCAUUCGCAUGCUUUAUUGCCCUGUUGAGACCGUGGUGCAGUACGCUGUGACCACUCUUCGCAAUCUUCUCAUGCAUGUGGACACUGUAAAAGCUCAAGCUCGCGUUCUGGGUGCUAUUGAGGGCUUGGCACCUUUACUUUUGAGGUCCAACUGGAAAUUCCUCGCCCUUGUUGCGGACAGCCUGUAUUUUCUUCUUCUUGAUGAUCCGCAAUCGAAGAUUGUCUUCCUAUCUCUGGGUGGACCUCAAACUCUUGUCCACAUCCUCAACAACUAUACGCAGUACCCCAAAUUGAUGUAUACCGUCAUUCGCUGCAUAAGAUCUCUAUCGGUUUGUCAGCAGAAUAAGGCAGCUCUCAUCUCUCUCGGUUGCUUACCAGCGCUGUAUAAGGAACUAUGCGCAACCAAUGACGACCGCGUUAUGUUAGCUAUACUUGUUGCUAUGCGAAAUCUCUCAGAUGCGGCUACAAAUGAGGAUAAUCUGGCUCCACUGGUUAUCCGUCUAUUGGAAAUCGUACGAGUGGCGGAUGCAGCUCAAACUUCCUGUGCUUGUGGUAUACUUAGCAAUCUUACAUGUAAUAAUGUUCGGAACAAGCAAACGCUAUGUUCUAAUCAUGGAGUGGAAUCCCUCGUAGAGGCAAUCAAUCGUUUUCCUGAAGUGGAAGAAGCUACUGAACCGGCUUUGUGCGCCCUUCGCCAUUGCACAGCAAGACAUUCCUUUGCGGAACAGGCUCAACAAGAUCUACGACUAUGUCAUAGCUUCCCAAUGUUGCUGCAACUUUUGGCUACUCUUCGUGCUCCUGUCAUCAAAGCUGCUUUGGGAGUGAUUCGCAACUCCGCACUUCUCCGUGCAAACCUUGUUGAAUUGACACAGGAAGUGACUGAGAGAGGUGAGAGUGUCGUUUCGCUCACUGUAGACAUCCUGGGACGAGCAGCAGCAACUAUCCGAGAAGAUCCAGCUGCUGAAAGUGAUGGAGUUCCUAUCUGGGGAGUUGUUGAAGGUGCUGUAUCUGCACUUCACCAGCUUGCAUCACAUCCAUCCGUUGCUGCUCAGUUAUGUGACGAUCCCACAUUCAUUGCGCUCAUCGUCGAGUUCCUUUCGAGAAAUGACGUUUCUGGUGCUGAAGACGAGUUACUUGAGCGGGAGCUACUAGGGCUACUAUACCAGUUGAGCAAAACUCCGGAAGGAGCUCGUACUGUAGAAGAAGCGGGUGUCACUCCCACCCUUGUCGAAGCUAUGCGCUCAGAACAUAAAUCUGUGGCCACCUAUGCAUCGGGAGUCUUGAAGAAUCUUGAGAAUGAUAAACCAGCGCCUUACAGACAGGAUCUGGAUGCGGAGUUAUCAUCGGGAUGGCAGCGAGAUGGGCUGGAGCCGGAAUUAUUUGGAGAAAUGUAUCCUGUACACGUAAUGGAGGUUGAGAAACGAAAAGAUGUGCGGAUCGAAGGACGAACUGUUCAUGCAAUGGCUGUACAUGAGAAAAUGGGCAAGCUCGUAGUGACUAGGAAGAAUGGAGCAAAUUCUUCGGACGAUGUUAUUGAGCAAUAUAACAUAUUGUGUGGAUGGCUGGCCGUACAUGAGAAGGUCAUCUGUCCCGAUAAUGGUGGUAUUGAGUCGGUCUGUUUUGUUGGAGAUCGCAUUGUUUGCUCUCAUCUGAAUGGUUCUGUCUCGAUAGCAGAUCCUCACAGUGAUUUUAUGAAGCGUGUACAAGUUUGCCCUUCUCCACUGUGGUCGUCGUGCGCCUUAGAUGCGACACAUAUUGCGUCUGUCUCUCACUCUGCUUCAUUGUUUACUAUUGAUCUCAGCGAUUAUACUGUAUCUCCACCACUCAGUCUUGGUGUUGAUCAGCGGCUAUUCUCCAUUUGCAGUCAAAAGGAUGUGAUAGCCAUCGGAGCUAUGGAUAGCUUGUUUAUAGUGAAAAAUAAUGCGAUCUCUCUCAAAAUGGUUGUAGCAAGAAAGGAGAAGCGACUUCCUACCAUAGUAUGGGCGACGUGCUUCUUCAACGAUACGAUCGUCGCAAGCGGCGACUCUCGAGGUGUCAUAUCGUUUUGGAAUUUUCAUAAUGGAGCAUUGUUAGCGAGUUUGGAGACUCACCAGUCAGACAUACUGUGCCUUGUAAUGUGUGAUGACCGCAUACAUGCCGCGGGUGUAGAUCCGAGGAUCAUCAGCGUUAGACGAAUUAGUGGAAAUGAUUUUCGCAUUGUGCAAAAGCGUAACGGGCCUGUACGAGAUGUGCGAGCAAUGGCUUGUUUCGAUGAUAAGAUUUAUGCCGCUGGAGAAGACCAUGCCAUCUACGUAGCGAAAGAUGGCUGUCAAGUUCUCCUGAGCCAAUGGAAUAAACUGCUUACGUUUGGCGGAAGUUUUGUGAUGUCGCGUGGUCACUGUUUUGUCGAUCUUUGGACGAAUGGAGUUGACGAGCAGUCGAAUACUAAAGGAUCUUUUAUAAUCAAAAAGCAACCAGUUUAUCUGGCACGAAUCUAUUGUUCUGAAAAGAAACCGCUCGUAGCAAACGACUUAUCUGAAGAUGGAAAGUUUUUGGCUAUAUCAACAAAUGAGUCGACCAUCGUGUACCAGAUGAACAUGAAGGGAGAAAAGAAGAUGUCACUGCAAAAGAAGUUGACGACUAAACCUGCAUCUGCGCUAAGGAUUAUUGGUGAAUCUCUGCUUUUCACCACCGGCGACUUUGAUUUAUGGGUUGUUGCAUUCACAGAUGAGGAACCGCAACCUAUCUUGCAGCAAUCUGGAUGCGGUGGCGUUUCUCAGCUUGUGGUUUCUAACUGUGGCAAGUUUGCUGCUAUCAUCACUACCCGAUCACAGGUCUUUGUCGUUGAUCUCAAACUGAAGGAGUCCCGAUUACUCCGGAUAACACUUCCUAUUGAUAUCACAUUCACCGGUGAAAGUUUGUUCGUUCUUUGCUCUACUGCUGGAUUUGGUGAACCAAGUUCAUCAAUGAAAGUGCUUCACGAGUUUCCAAAAAGUGGUGGCCCAAGUCGGCGGUCUGCGUCCACAGUUGACUUGUUCGGUGCACCAGGAUACCGAGCUGUUUCGAUCAACUCCGGUCCAAAUGGUCAGGUUAUAGUUGUAGCAGGUGAUGGACAAUGGGUGCUUAUCGAUAAGACGCGAACAUCUGUUCAAGGCCCCAUUGCUCCUCCUAGUCGACGGCCUAAUGAAUGCGUUCCCACUACAAUCCAUUUUCGCUCAAAAACGAGAGUUUGCACAUGUCGCUUGCAAGCAUCUGAACCUACCACCGCUCCUUUCAAACUGAAGAAAUUUGGACAGCAAUGAUGUGUCUUUAUUGUUAUUUUUUGCGAUAGCUUCCUUCAAGCAUCACACUUCAUUAUAAAGCGG